CUAACUGUUAUUUUCUUGAAAACUAAAAUCUAACUAAUCUGUCAAAAUAAUCUUCUAAGCUAUGUCAACAAAACAUUUCCUCUGGAUAACAAUCACUUUGUAUAUUUUCACUUGGCAGACAAUUGAUGCAAUUAAAACUAAAUCAAAUGAAUUUUGUUCAAAGUAUCAAAUCGAUAGAAUCCGCUAUUCUAUAGAAACUAUGGAGAAUUUAUUAAGUCAAUGUGUUGCUGAUGAAUAUGUUGGUGCGUACGCUAAACGCGGUCCUGAACCACUUUGGGUAGUAGAAACUAAAUAAAAAAUUUUUGAUGCUUGAUGAACAGAUAAUUAUUUUAAUUCAACCAAGACUAAAUUAAUUUUCAUGUGAAGCAUAUUACUGAAUAGAAUAAAAAUUAUCUUGUUUCAAAUUUAAUAACCAAAUGUUGUGUCCCGU